AUGCUCAAGCCGUCGCAGGCCCUGCUCGAGUCGCUCAAGGAGCUGGCCGAAGCAGGCCACGUCCGUCCCCGCGUCACCGCCCAAUUCGACUUGGGCCACGCCGCCGACGCGUUUCGCCUGUUUGAACAAGGCCACGUCCAAGGCAAAAUUGUAGUCGUCGUUGGGCCCUAG